AUGGCACCUUCGAAAACCCCCACACGGACAUCGUCCCGUGUCCGACCUGCAACUUCAUCCACAGCCACCAAGAAGACCUCAGGGUCAACGUCUUCCAUGGCAGCAAUGACCCCAGCCAAGAGAGGGAGAAAGACAGAACCCACACCCUCACCCGCCAAGAAGACACCUACAGCAGCACUAAAAGGCAGUGGAAGAAAGCGGGCGAAGCAGGAGGAUUCUGAGGAUGAUAGAGACGAAGAAGAGGACGAGGAAGAAGACGAGGAGGACGAGGCUGAGAGCGACAACUAUGGCGAUGACAACGAGGCACUGGAAGAUAACGACGAUGAGGAGGAGGACGAUAGCGAUGACGAUGAUUUCCAGUCCUCGGAUGAUGUGCGGACCCGCAAGAGUUCAGCAAAAAAGACCAAGGCAUCCUCCAAGAAACAGACUACAAGCGCCACCAAAUCGUCCUCAUCCGCCAACCCCGCCAAAAAAGCCAAAACUUCAUCCACCGCAACAAGCCCCAAGAAACCAACAGCCAACAAAACCCAACCAAAGCCCGAACCAACAAAGACAUUCCUCACCUCGCCUCUCAAGAUCCCGCGUCCCAAGGGCGGACACCCCGUCGCGGACGCGAUCCAGCCCGAGACACUCGAGUUUCUUCGCGACCUCAAACUCAACAACGAUCGUGAGUACAUGAUGCUGAACCAGGAGCGCUGUGAUCAGGCCAAGGCGGAUUUCUUGGACUUUAUUCGGAUGGUCAAGGAUGGGUUAUUGGAGGCGGACCCGGAUGUUAUGGAUCAGGAACCUAAGCAGUCUAUGAUGCGUAUCCAUCGCGACAUUCGCUUUUCAAACGACAAGACGCCGUACAAGGACCGUUUCUCGUCCUUCUUCUCCAAAGGAGGCAAAAAGUCAAUCGCAGCAGGAUACUACUUUGGGGUGUCAUCAAACGGAGAAACGUUCGUAGGAUGCGGAGCAUGGGACAUUGGCUCGGCGGCCUUAACUAGGGUUCGCCACGGAAUCAUUGACCACGCCGACCGCUUCAACUCUAUCCUCGCCACCGAUGCCAUCAAACGCAUCACAGGCGGCAAAACGGGCAUUGAAGCCCUUCGCGAGGGACAAACACCACUCAAAACGGGACCCAAGGGGUUUGAUAAGGAUCACCCGAUGAUAGAGUUCCUGAAGAGGAAGUCGUUUGCUGUUGGACGCAAUUUUGAUGAUCGGGAGGUUGUGAAUGAGGGGUUCCUGGAGGAGGUUCUUUCGACUUUUGAUGCGUGUGUGGAUCUUGUCCACAUCCUUAACGACUGGAUCGGUUAA